GCUCCGACGACACGGUCAAUUCAGUCCGUGUGUAUCGUUCACUCGUACGGGAGCUUCCGAACCCCUGUGUUAUACAUAGGCACGUGCAUUUAUUACCGAUAUUUAGUGUGCAGCUGGAGGGGCUUGAGUUUUUGCUAUGAUAAUGAUCGGGGUGUUGUGAAAGUGGUUUUAUUGUGGUGCUGAAAAAAAAAAGAUAUCCAUCAAGACGUAGUUGGCUUUUCUUUGGGGCAACCUUGUGUUCCAGUUGGACGUCGCUGUGCUCGAAAUCGGAUAUUUCGUUGGGAGGUGUUAUAUUUAUCGCUUCGAGAGCACCGAGCAAAGAUCCUCUGGCCGUGGAUAAGCAUGAGGAGCCGCCGGCGCUCGGCCUUCCUCCACCCGGGCUAAUAAUUUCCACGCGACGCAAGACAGAGGGGUAGUUCACACACCAUCCCUACCCAGUGGACCGGAGCAGGGGGUGGCGAGGCUCGCGGGCGUAUUAUGCUCGAGAUCGGUUGGCCGAACAUGAGCGGUGAGCCGUCGGCGAUGGGCGAGCCGGCGUCCUCGCUCGAUCCCCUUCACCACGGCGCCGAGCUCAACCUGCCUUACGCCCUGUGCGAGGUCCUGGUGGCCGUGGCCGCGGUGAUCGGCAACGGCCUCGUCAUCCUCGUCUUCGCCAGGGAGCGCAAGCUCAGACGCAGGACCAACUACUACAUCAUAUCGCUGGCGACGGCGGAUCUGUUGGUCGGUCUGCUCGCCAUACCGUUCGCCAUACUGGCGAGUAUCGGGCUGCCGACGAAUUUGCACGCGUGCCUGUUCACCGUCUCGGUGCUCGUCGUUCUCUGCACCAUAAGUAUUUUUUGCCUCGUCGCCGUCUCCAUUGACAGGUACUGGGCCAUCCUCCAUCCCAUGGGCUACUCCAGGACUAUGCGCACCAAGACUGCCAUAGGUAUAAUAUGCGUGUGCUGGGUGGCGGGCACGUUGGUCGGUUUCCUUCCGCUGUUCGGCUGGAACGCGGGCCACAAGUCCGACGAGAAGUGCAUCUUCACCGAAGUCAUGGACUACAACUACCUGGUCUUCCUCUACUUCGCCACCAUCAUCUUCCCGGCGCUGCUGAUUGCCGCUUUCUACGCCCACAUAUACCGCGUCGUCGUCAAACAGCUACAGCAGAUCGUGACGAUGAACCUGGGCAAGCGCAAGGAGAACCAGGGACACGGGACGAUGCUGCGACUCCUGGGCGCGGCGCAGAAGCGGGAGGUCAAGGCCGCCCAAAAUUUGUCGCGAAUCGUCGCUUUCUUCAUCAUCUGUUGGUUCCCCCUCUACACCAUCAAUUGCGUCAAGGCCUUCUGUCCUCUGUGCGAGGUCAACCAGUUCAUCCUCGAUUUUUGCAUCAUACUGUCGCACGUCAACUCAGCCGGCAAUCCUCUGCUCUACGCGUACCACUUGAAGGACUUUAGGGCGGCGCUCAAGAGCUGUAUACAUAGGCUACUGUUUCUGGGACGCGCGGACGGCAAGCACGCCUCGCAAACGCAAGCCGGGAUGAUCAGUGUUAUUCAGGAGAACAAGAGUUCGAUGAUGGGUUCUCGGAGUGGGUCAGUUGGAGGAGGAGGACUGGGUUCUAUGCGUGGGCGGAACGCCGGCUCCCAGCAACAGCUGUUCCAAGGCGGUAAGGAGCCCAGCAACAACAAUAGGUACCCCAACUUGUUGAAGCAAGUGCACGAGUCGAGGAUGAGGGAGAUGCAAGCCGCAGCCAUGACGAAAAUCGCCGAGCCGAGCAUCUGCAUUGUCAAGAAAGCCAAGCCAGGCAGGGAAGAGAAAAAGCCUUCCCCGGCAUCGCCGGUGGACAAAACGACCCAAGAGGUAGCGAGUAGUCCGAGCACGAGCAUGGACACCUCGACAACCCGAUUCGAGGGAGCGACAGUCACUGCGCUCGAGCUCAAGUCUUACGAAUUCGACAACGCCUCGCUACAGUUUGCCGACGACUGCGAUGAGGAGGAGGAGGAGGUAGAAGACUGCCAACCGGCCAACCAGCCUGACUCGGUUAUAAUCAUCGAAGCUGAUGUUAAUCGCAGCCAGUCCUGCAAAGAGAAGCUGGACAAUCAGGAGACUGACAAAGCGUUAGAAAGCGAAUGAACAUAAAAAAAGUUCGAGCUAAUUGCUCGAGGGUAUCCUGGUGUUCCUGUGAAGUGAAAACGUGUUUAGCUUUAAGGAUGUAUAAAUUUGAAGCGUACGUUGUAGUCAAAGUCGCUGUGUAUUCCCUUAUGUACAAUAGGUCUGCAAAUACGCAACUGACCCUUUGUCACUCGUUGAAUUACAAAAUUACAAGAUUGAGCAACUAAAGCCCAUCUGUUUCAUUCGGAUAUGAUUGUACCGGCGUAGACAAUAGUGAUAAAUUUACACGCGUGGGUAUGAAAUGUGUAUACAUUGUGUAUGUAUGUGCCUGUAUAUAUAUAAUAAUAAUAAUAAUAAUAAUAAUAUAUAACAUCGGCCAAACCCACGGCACGACUCUGUUUUUUUAUUUUAUUUUUAAUGGAAAGAUAAAUACCUAGUAUGGGAGUCCUUAUUAUUGUAUGAUCGAUAAAACCAGUCGCACUUUUUUUGAUUACACUUAAUAAGUUGUUAAGUAAUGUAUUGUGCGCAUUUUUAAAUUGUAUUAUGAUACUAAAAUUCGGGUUCUAUACCAUACGUUACUACGUGCGUCAUGACAAAACUGUAAAGUUAAUGUAGAAAUUUUUUUUGGAAGAAAUCACCUGGUUAGUUUUAAAUACUCAAUUGAACUUUAUCAAAUUAAUAGUUCAAUUUUUGAUAAGUUUUUUCACGCAUAACAUAUUUUAUAAAAAAGUAUACAUUAUUUUUAAAAGCUCAGGUAGUUAUUUUUAACUUAAAUUGACAAUAUUUUUGCAAAUAAAUUGUUGAGAUAAUCGUUUGGACAAAAGAAAUAAUUUUCUUUUAUUUAAAAAACAAAAAGUUUAGAUAUUGAAUACAAAUAAAUGUCUUACACUCACAACAUCGCAUAAAUAUGUUGUACAAUAUAACUUUUUCAAAUACUUAUAUUUGAAAUCAUUUUAUUCUAUACAACA